AUGGCAAGGCCGAUCAUUGCCCCCGUGAGCGUCAACGCAACGGCUCCGGAAACCUUUGCGGUCCUGGACCAGAGGAUGAGGGUGGUGGAAGAGCAGACGAGCACGUUGCUGAAGGAUGUGGAGGCCCUGGGCGCGAAGGGCUACAGCGUGGAGUUCUUUCCUCCCAAACCUUCGGAGCGUUCCGAUGAUCGCCCCUCCAUCGCCCCCAUCUGCGCGCGAGUGGCGUUUGUUGGCGAGAACGAGACGCUGUGGAAGAACUGCAAGAGGCUGGUCGGUCGGAUGUGCCGCCUGGAGAGCGUCGUGCAGACCCUGAAGCUGAACGUGUUCCGGCUGCAGACGGAGAAGGAACUGAACCCGCAGCACGCAGCCAAUCUCGAGCAGCGCCUGGACACGAUCCAGGAGGAGCACCUGCAGGAGCUGAAGGUGCUUCAGGCGGAGGGGAGGACGCUGCGUCAGCAGCUGAGUGACGCACGAGAGGAGGCGGAGACAGCCCGCGAGCGGACGGAACGGCUCAGCGCCGCCCUGGAGAUGGCAACCGCGACCAAGAGAGACGUGGCCAUUGCUGCGGAGGAGCUGAGGGCGACCAAAAUCAAAACGAACCACAGCCUGCAGGAGCUAAGAGAGCAGCUCUCUAAGGAAUCUAGCCUGAGGAAGUCUUUGGAAGAAUCCCAAGCGGUCCUGCUGUAUCGGGUGCAGGAUAUGGAGCAGACGGUGGAAAAAGAACGGAAGCAGGUGCACCUUCUGCAGCAGGACUGCAGCGCCCUGCGCCAGGACAUCGAGGCAGCGCAGGAGAGGCUGCGGAAGGAGGAGGGGAGGGCCGUCCAGCUGGAGCAGUGGCUGUUUUUGUUGGGCUCUGUUCCAGAAUCCCGAGAGAACACCAUUUCCAAGCUCAGUGAAGAAGAGAAAGCUGCCCAGCUGUCUUUCAGCAGAGAACACGAGGAGAACCUGAAGCUGCGAUCGGAAAUAACCGCCUUGCAAGAGAUGGGUGGGAAAGUCCAGGCGCUUAAUGAGCAGUUGAACCAACAGUGUGCGGAACUGAGGGAGACCCUUCGAAGCGUUACCGUGGAGAACGCUAAACUUACCUCGGACCACCAGGCUGCCCUUAAGGCUGAACAGGACAGAAUCAACCGGAAGCUGCAAGAACAAGACUUGCUUCUGGACGCCGCCCGGGCCAGCAUCACGGGGGAGCUGCAGAAUUUGCAGAAAGAAAAAGCUGAGCUGCAGAAAGGGAUGGAGGCCCUCCGCGCCGAGCAUGCCGACUGCAAGCGGAAAGCCGGUGAAGUCGCGGAGACCAUGGCCGCCCAAAAGGAGCUCCUGGAGGCGGCGGUGACCAGGUUACAGAGUGAGCUGGGGGCAGCGCUGCAGGGGAGGGAUUCUCUGCUGAAGGAGAAGGAGCGGCUAGCGGAAGAGAUGCAGAGAACAGUCCGUGAAAUAUCGCAAGAGAACAACAGAUUGGAAGCAGAACUGACUGGAAACAAGCUGCAGAUUGGCCCUUUGAAAGAGAGACUGUCCGCGCUAGAAGAAGAAAACCAGAAGUUAGCCGAGCGGGAAGCCGACCUGGAGCACUACCUGCAUGCCCAGCAACAAGUGGAGCAGGUCCUAGCGAAGCUGACCAAUGACAACAGUGAACUGGCAUACGAGAAAGGAAAACUCCAGGUUAAAGUCCAACAGCUGGAACAAGAGCUGCAGCCCCUGGUGGACGCACGCGCAGAGAGCAGUCGGCUUCGUAAGCUGAACGUGGCCUUGGAGACCAAAUACAAUCAGGUGAAUGCAGAACUCGGCUCCUUCAGAAUGAGCAUGGAGAAGAUGCAAGCGCACCUUAAGCAGACACAGUCUGCCCUCAGCUGCAGAGAGGAGGAAUAUUUUCUGACCGUCAAAUCCCGUGACGAGGCCUUAAGAGACAACGAGGAGAUCAAGAAGCUCAUGAGCGCAAGCGAAGAAAGAGGGAAGCGGAAGGUGACAGCUCUUCAGCGCAAGCUGGAAGAAGCCAAGGGGGACAAUCGCAAAGUGACCACACUGCUGGAGAACGUGGUGGCGUCUCACAAGAAAAUGGAGAAGGCUCUGGAGAAGGCACAGACGGAGCUGGGGCGCAAGGAUUCCGAGAUCAUCGGCCUGAGGAAGGACAGGAUCCAGGGCCAGCAAAGGAUCCAGAAGUUGGAGGCAGAAUUGGAGCAGUGCCAGAGCCAACUGGGCUUGGAACCUCAGCACGGAAUCAAG